AGUCCCAAAUUUCAAACAAUGGCGGCGGCAGGUUUCCGCGUCUCUCCGUUCAGAAAACUUCUCAACAAGAUCGCCGACAACCUGACGGACAGGGACAUGACCACGCUCAAGUUUCUGUGCGGAGACAAGAUCCCCAAAUCCGUCCUGGGCGGGAUCCCGGACGGCAAGGCUAUGUUUGCGGAACUCUUGUCCAGGAGGGUGAUCCUUGAGGGAGACCUGACUGCCCUGGAAGACCUGCUUCUGGAGUGUAACCGCGAAGAUCUGGUGUAUCUUCUGGAGGAGUUCAGGGAAGAGAACAACGUAGACCGCGGGCGAGCUCCCCCUGGCGGGGUACAGCAGGCCGCAGGCAUGCCACCACGGAGAGACGGUACUGCUCCUGUAGUUGGCAGCAUGUCUGAGUUACAUCGUGCCAUCUUACGUGACCACCACGCCGUGCUAGUACGAGACAUGCACACCCGCCAUGUUCUACCUCACCUGCUGGGUACAGGGGUUCUCACGGACAGGCUGGAGGCUGAGAUCCUAAACACAGGAGGCUCCCGUCAGGCCAUGAAUGAAGCCCUGCUGCAGGUUCUCCCUACCAGAGGAGACCAGGCGUUCCGUCAGUUCUGUACAGCUCUGAGGACCGGCUCCCAGCAGGACUACCUGGCCACAGCCCUGGAACAGGCUGAGAACACGGCACAGGGGCUUGACAGAAUACCCCAGCCCCUUGUGAUGACAGACUCUGAAGGCCCAGCCUACCCUCAUACAGACUUCAGUCUCCAGGAAGCCACCAGUUACCACACGGCAUCUAUCCUCCACUUCCAGUUCGACCCCAACACAGCUCACCACGACAUACGACUCUCGCACAAUAACACCACCGUUCACAGAGAGACAAUCAAGAACGACAGAAAAAAAAACUCCUUCAGUCGUGACCGAUUUGUGGACACGAGAUUCCUCCCAAACCCUACAGUCCUUGGUGAUGUGUCUGUAUCGAGUGGUGUAUAUUAUUGGGAAGUCAAUGUUAGUGGUUUAACGUACAGGAUUGGUGUUGCGUAUGAGAAUGCGCCACGGCAUGUUUGUCUGGGAGACAAUAACACGUCAUGGUGCCUGGUGCACAGCUCUAUGGAACGCUCCGGAAGACAUAACGGGAAAAGUUUCCCCCUAGAAAUACCGUCGCCAGAGAGGCUGGGAGUUCUGCUGGACUAUCGUGGCGGGAGACUGUCGUUCUGUGAUGUGGAUAGGCGGAGGAUUUUACACACAUUCCUCGCACACUUCUCCCAACCACUGUACCCUGCCUUCUCUGUCUGGGACGGAGAGUUGUCAUUGGUGUCUGUAUCUCACGUUCCUAGGUUUCUGUAGUUUUUUUUUUUUUUUACAUUAGCAUAAUGUGCAUAUACUGGGGUAAACCGGUAUAUUAUGAAAGUAGGUAAGCCUCUAGCUGGCUUUGGGAUGGAAAGAGUAGAAAUUUGCCCAAUAGACAAAUAAUUUUGUCAGGGGAGUUGGUCCACUAAAGAGUUUGGAAUCAGCAAACUGUACUCUUUACCAGACCAACUCCCCAGUCAUAUAAUUUGUCUAUUGGGCAAAUUUCUAUUCCUUUCCAGAUUUGAAAUUUACAUGCAAAUUUCAACUUUUUCCAGCUGCUUCCUGAAGACUUUUAGAGAUUAACAUGUAGGCACUGUACUUUGAGUAAACCAGGGGAAUGUUGUUAACUAGAAUUUGUUGUAAAUCUGGCUGGGCCAUUUUGUAGAAUUUUAGCACCUCUGUCUGCUUCUGACAAUCAUGUUUCAAAAAUUCCCUAGAUUUGAAAGAUUUAAAGCAGGAAGGUCUGAUCAUGUAUGUAAAUGACCAAGACAGAAGAUAAAGAAAAAAAUUAAUACAAGCCUUAACUUUAUUGCCAAGAUAACUAGAAUUCACAAACAAGGAAAACAAAUAAUGCCAUUAAUGUAAAGGUAUCAGACAAUUUGUCAGGAUAAUUAAGUGAAAGAUUUGUUCAAACAGACAGAAAUUGAUGAAUCUGAUGUAACAGUUUAUCAUCUAUGUACACAUGUAUUCGAUACUCAAUAAAGAACAGAGAUGAAAAAAAAACAAGGAAAACAAAAUAGCUGACAUGCUACUGAAUCUUUACACAAUUUAUUGCUAAGAAGAAAU